AUGCCGGGCGGGGGAAUUAAACCGGGAACAGUAAUGAGUUGGAGAGCUCACGAUCUAAUGUGCGGACAGCUCAUAGGCCCGGCCUACGUCGGCGUGGGAACAGGGGUCGCGACCUUGGUCAUCGGUACAGUCUGCCGUGACGUCGAAGGGAAGCUAAACGACCACCGCCGGCGUCGGUUUUUGCGUUCUGUCAGAUAUGAAACAGCCACGACAGAGCAAGCCUUGUAUAAUGCCCCUUUAGCAUUUUUAUCGAUAUUUGUUUGCCAGUGCUUCUGCAACAUGGAGGAAAAUCAAUAUGGUUCCUGA